AUUAGAUCUGAGCUUGUUGAUUCCCGAGAAGGCAAGGAGGAAGAGAUUGGUUGCAAUUCACCAAGGAAAGUAAGAGUAGCAUCUGCUGGGGUGGCUGAAUUAAUGAAACAGCUUAAGAGCAAGAAGAAAAGGCCUAUAGAUAAAGGAAAGAAUAAGGUUAAGGUAGAUCACACUACUUCAGGAGGUCAAACCUCCUCCAUAUCUUCAUGAAUCUCCUCAUAUGGAAUGUCAAAGGGCUUAAUGCUUCUUUGAAGCAAAUGGAAGUAGUAGGUAGAAUUAGGAGAUUAAGAAUAGAUGUUGUUUGUUUGCUGGAAACUAGAGUAAAGCAAGAAAAUAUGGAGCCAAUCUUGAAGAAUCAUUUCUCUGGCUGGUUUCAUUUUCACAAUUAUGGUUAUGCUUUCAAUGGAAGAAUUUGGUUACUCUGGAAAUCUGAGUUGCACGUUGAACUAACAGAGGCUACAGACUAAAGUAUAACAUGUUGCAUAACAUCUGAAAUUGGUAAGUUUUAUCUGACUUUCAAUUAUGGAAGCAACAACGAGGUUGAAAGAAGGAAACUCUAGAUGCAUCUACACUCCCUUUAUGGCACCUUGCAGCUUUGUCCUUGGGCUCUGGCUGGUGACUAUAAAGUAAUAGCUCAUCCAUCAAAGUGUUGGUUCUAAAGAGUUUCAGAAAUGCAUGCAGGACUUGUCCCUUACAGAUCACCGUUUCACCGGUCCUUUAUUCACCAGGGGCAAUUAUAAAAUUUUUAGAAAGUUAGAUAGAGUGCUUAUCAAUGAUAUUCGGUUGACUAAAGCAGCAGAUUCAAUGGUAGAGUUUCUGGCCUCUGAAGUCUCAGACCAUUACCUAGCUUUACUCAAGACGAACGUGCCGCGUCAAAGUCCACCAAAGCCAUUUAAGUUUUUUAACUUUGGGGCAAAGCAUCCUGAUUUCUUGAAGUUGGUAGAAGAAUCAUGGCAGCAAACAGUGGAGGGAAACCCCAUGAUUAGAUUGUAUAGAAAGCUCAAACGGUUAAAGACAAUUCUGAGGCAGUUUAACUUUUCUCAAUUUGGUAAUUUGGUUGAGAAAGUUGAAUUCAAGAGGGAGAAGUUGGCAAAGGUGCAAACUGCCAACCUGCUACAAUCUUCUAGUGCAGAUAUUGAGAAGAAGAAAAAGCUCAUCCAAGAGCUACAUGAGCUUUUUCAAGCAAAAGAAAGUAUGUUGAGACAGAAAUCACGAAUCAGAUGGAAAUAGGAGGGAAUUCAGAAUUCAAAGUUCUUUUCACAAGAUAGUGACCACUAAGCAGAGGAGAGAUGCCAUAAAGAUGCUUUAUGAUAGCAAAGGGAAUAGGCUAGAAACAUUCUCACAAAUUUCUGCAGAGGUUGUGGGAUUUUUUGAGAAAUUGUUAGGAACGAUGGAUGUGCAGGUAACAGGAUGUUCACAGGGUUAUUAACUGAAAUAUUACAGGACACCUUGUAAGAAGUGGGCAAAACCAACGUAUCACAGAAUGCUACCAGAAAUGAAAUUUUGGAUGCAAUGUUUUCCCAA